AUAGGUCUAAUGCCGAGAUCAGCUGUUCUAAAGGAUCCAGAUCCCUCUGGCUCACGGCGGAGAUCAUGCUUUCUAGAAUGUCCCGUGGCUGUGUUUUCUCAACCGAGAUUUGACGAUGCCCCGAUGGGGCCCUGCGGAUGCUAAGGAAGAAGAUGAUCUACAAAAGCGUCUGCCUGUCCUUUGUACUGGUGAUCAUGGUGACAGUGCUGCAGAGGGGCACGGCUCCAAGCCAUUUCCUGCCGGGCCAGCCGCAGAAAGAACCCCCCCAGGAGCCCGUGAAAGCUCAGAAGAGAGAUGGCGUCUUCUCCAAGACCGGCAACUUCUGGAAGAGCAGGAAGGAGAAGGCCCACCCGGAGGCGGACACCGAGACCCAGGUGAAAUCUUGGGAUGUCACCACUACCAACUGCACGGCCAACCAGAACAUCAGCAAGAUGGACUGGUUUAAAGGGCUAGAGCCCCACUUCCGGCAGUUCCUGCUUUACCGCCACUGCAGAUACUUCCCCAUGCUGAUCAACCACCCGGAGAAGUGCAGCGGUGACAUACAUCUGCUGAUCGUGGUCAAGUCCAUCAUCACGCAGCACGACCGGCGGGAGGCCAUCCGAAGGACCUGGGGCCAGGAGAAGGAGGUGGAUGGGAAAAGGAUCAAGACACUUUUCCUGCUGGGCACAGCCUCCAAGGAGGAGGAGAGGGCCAACUACCAGAAGCUGCUGGAUUACGAGAACCACAUCUACCGGGACAUUCUGCAGUGGGAUUUCUUGGACAGCUUCUUCAACCUCACCCUCAAGGAGGUCCAUUUCUUGAAGUGGCUGAACAUCUACUGCGACAGCGUUCGCUACAUCUUCAAGGGGGAUGACGACGUCUUCGUUAGCCCCGGCAACAUCCUGGAGUUCCUGGAGAGCAAGAAGGAAGGAGACCUCUUUGUGGGGGACGUCCUGAACAAGGCCAGGCCUAUCCGGAAGAAAGAGAACAAGUACUACAUCCCCAGUGCCCUCUAUAACAAGAGCAACUACCCACCCUACGCGGGGGGUGGAGGUUUCCUCAUGGACGGGCCCCUGGCGGUGAAGCUCCACAAGAUCUCGGAGACCUUGGAGCUGUAUCCCAUUGACGACGUCUUCCUGGGGAUGUGCCUGGAGAUUCUCAAAGUGGCGCCCAUCAGACAUGAGGGCUUCAAGACCUUUGGCAUCGUGAAGAACAAGAACAGCAAGAUGAACAAGGAGCCCUGUUUCUUCCGGGACAUGAUGGUGGUUCACAAACUCUUGCCCACGGAGCUGCUCCAGAUGUGGGACUUGGUCCACAGUAACUUAACCUGCUCCAGAAAAGUUAACGUCCUUUAGCGUGGCCUCCCAGAGGAGCCGUGGCUGGAAAGGCUGGAGCAAUUGGUACCUUGGCCUGGAGGGCGAGAAUAAGGAACCUAGAACCAGAUGAAGGCAACAAACUCUGUAGGAGCUAUUCCAGAACCUUCCCUUCCAGCGACAAGAGGACAGAGAUUGCGUUAUGUGGAGGGAAGGUUUCUAAUGGGGUAUUUUGUACUGUAUUUGUGGUUUUUUUGUUUAUCUCCAACUGGGUUGGGGAUCACGGGAAAAGAAAAGGGAAAAUAAGAUAGAAUGGAGAUUAUCUUGGGGAAAUUUCCAGGUGCCACAUUUCAGGAGAGAUGUGGACAAAUUUUGAAAAAAUCCAGGGGAGAGCAACAAAAAUGAUAAAAAGUCUAGAACACAUUACCAGUGAGGGAAGGUUGAAAAAAAUGGGGUUUGUUUAGGCUGGAGAAGUCUGAGAGGGGACAUGACAGUAGUAUUUCAAGUACAGGCAGUCCCCGGGUUACAUGGAUCCGACUUACAUCGGAUCCCUACUUACAAAUGGGGUGAGGCAACCCCGCACUAGCUGCUU